AUGUCUUCUGGGGGUGACAACUGCAGUGAAGAGGCUCAAUUAGCUCAAUGUCAGCUUUAUGUCCAACGGCAUAAUAUUCAACAACUUGUAAAAGAAGCCAUUGUAUCACUAUGUAUCCAUAAACCUGAAAAUCCCAUUCUAUUCCUCAAAGAACAUUUUGAUAAAUUGAAUGAGCAUAGAUCUCAGAGUGAUACUCAUGAACACGAAAAUGUUGAUGAUGAUGAUACAAUUGACGAACCACCCAAACUUCCACAAGGUAAUCGUAGACGAUUAGGUGUUUCUGCUGAAGUUCCUGAUGAAAAUGAAGCAGCAAACUAUAAAAGAGUUGUUAUUCCCAAAGAUCCUGAAACAGAAAAAUCACUUCGAGCAGCUAUGUGCAAAAAUGUCCUCUUUUCUCAUCUUGAUGCUGAUGAAGAAAAAGCAAUUUUUGAUGCUAUGUUUCCUGUAGAAAAAAAGAAAGGUGAAACAAUUAUUGAACAAGGAGAGGAAGGAGAUAAUUUUUAUGUUAUUGACUCUGGUGAAGUUGAUGUAUAUGUCAAUAAUGAAUUCAUGAUUUCUAUCAAGGAAGGCGGGUCCUUUGGUGAAUUAGCACUUAUCUAUGGAACUCCUCGUGCUGCAACUGUUGUUGCUAAAUCAGAAACAGUCAAGUUAUUUGCCAUUGAUCGUCUAACUUAUAGGCAAAUUCUUAUGGGUUCAACAAUGAGGAAAAGAAAAUUAUAUGAUGAAUUUCUUUCUAAAGUUCAAAUACUUGCAGAUCUUGAUAAAUGGGAAAGAGCUAAUGUUGCAGAUGCAUUGGAACGUUGUGACUUUGAAAAAGGAACACAUGUUGUUGAACAAGGACAACCAGGAGAUGAAUUUUAUAUUAUUGUUGAAGGUGAAGCAAGUGUAUUACAAAAAAGAGCUGAUGAUGCUCCAUAUGAAACUGUUGGUCACCUAUCCUCAUCUGAUUACUUUGGAGAAAUUGCUUUACUUUUGGAUCGUCCACGUGCAGCUACAGUAGUUGCUGAGUCUCCAUUAAAAUGUGUUAAACUUGAUCGUGCUCGUUUUGAACGUGUCAUGGGACCUGUUAGAGAAAUUCUUAAGCGUGAUGUUUCCAAUUAUAAUUCAUACGUCAAACUUAUGACAUAA